UUCUUUCUUCUUCCCCUUUCUUCUUUGGUUUUCCAAGAGUUCAACUUUUGUUCCAACAAUGGAGGUUUUGCAUUUCUUGUUUGGUGUUUUUGGAAAUGUCACUGCUUUGUUCCUCUUCUUGUCCCCAACGAUCACAUUUAAGAGGAUCAUUAAAAGUAAGUCCACAGAGCAAUUCUCUGGAGUUCCCUAUGUGAUGACCUUGCUCAACUGUCUCCUCUCUGCAUGGUAUGGCCUUCCAUUUGUGUCUAAAAACAACAUCCUGGUAUCAACAAUCAAUGGGACAGGUGCAGCAAUUGAGUCCAUCUAUGUCUUAAUCUACAUCAUCUAUGCACCAAAGAAAGAGAAGGCUAAAAUCCUUGGGCUUUACACUUUUGUCCUCACUGUCUUCUCUGCUGUGGCAUUGAUCUCCCUCUUUGUCCUCCACGGAAACGGCAGGAAGCUCUUCUGUGGCCUUGCUGCCACCAUUUUCUCCAUCAUCAUGUAUGCUUCACCACUCUCAAUCAUGAGGCUGGUGAUCAAGACUAAAAGUGUGGAGUUCAUGCCAUUUUUCCUGUCACUGUUUGUGUUCCUCUGUGGUACUUCCUGGUUCAUCUAUGGUCUACUCGGCCGCGACGCAUUCGUCGCUAUCCCUAAUGGGUUUGGGUGUGGACUAGGGGUAAUGCAACUGAUUCUCUAUUUCAUAUACCGCAACAACGAAGGGUUGUCAUCUCCGGAAAUGAAGAAGUCGAAUGGGAAUGGAAGCAUUGAGAUUAAUGGAGCUGAGAAGCCCCACCAAGACAAGCAAGCAAAUGGCAGAGCUCCUCAAGAUGAUCAAGUUUAAAAUUGGGUCCACUGACCAUCUUAAUGUCUAGAAAAAGUUGUAUGUGUUAGUGUUCUGUUUCAAUUUUUGUUUUCCUUUGUGGAUCAAUGAGAGGAUAUGUCAAAAUUGACAAAUUCCCUUUGUAAUGGACUGCAACAUGAACCCUCAUCUCCUUUGAUGUUAACAAGUUUUUGUUUUUGUG